GAAGUUAGUUUUUUUUAAUUUUUUUUACAAGAGAUGAUGCUCUUUUUUUACCCACAUUUAAUUUAUUGCCGUUUUCAUAAAACUUUCUAAACUUUUAUUUUAUUUUGUAUGACAUUGCCUGAAAAACACGUGUUUUAAGACUUGACGAAGGCGUCGCGGAGGGAUACAUGCGCCGGCAGCGCCUGGAGCGCGGAGGGUGAUUUGAUUCCCUGUCUCCUGCUCUUUGUCGUGUUUAACUUUUAAAUUAACGUGUUUUGACACAUAAGUGUACUUUUAUGACUUUUUAUGAAUAAUUUAACUUAGAUGAAUAAGAUGGCUGCAGUAGAGACGAUCACUGCCGGCACGAAGGGAGACGAGAUGGAGAAACCGUCCACGUCAGAGGAAGAAGCACCUGCUGUUUUAACUGAAACCUCAGCCCCCUUGAAUUUCUCAGAGCUCACACCGAGUCAGUUUGGCAUCUCUGUUGAGAGUUUUAAACCCAAAUCAUCAAACCACAAAGAUAAGUCUCGUCUUGCGCAAAUGAAAGUGAGGCGAAGAUCCAAUGUCGGGGUCCGGGGCUCCCCGGAGACGAAUUCCCUCAUCCGGUUCAUGGCCCAACAGAAGAUGAAGACUCUGUCCGGAUCUCAAACGACAGCGCUUGUCAAAAGUAGCCCGUUCUUUCCUCGGGUGGCGUCCACGCUGAGGCAGAAGAUGGCCUCUUUCCAGAACCUGAUGGAUGUGGAGGAGAGCGACGCCUGUGAUCUGCUGCCAGCGCAGGACAGAGACUCUGCAGGACGAUGCGUCAGGACGAUGGAUAAUCUGUCUGACGGCAGCGGUGGUGGAGAGAAGGAAGAGAAGGAGAACAACCCCCCGACGACGCCCACGCCCGGCAAGAGGAGGUGCCGGGGCCUGCAGGGCUGCAGUCUGCAGAUUACACAAACUCUGACGCCUUGCUCAAGUUUGAAGGAUCAGGAGGAUUCGGUGUGUGAACUUCAAAGCGCCGGCUCACUCCCGUCUGAUCUUCCUGCUAAAGCCUCGUCCUCCCCGUCCUCCCCGGUCCACGUCUCCCCUCCUUCUCCACUGGAAAUGAAACCCGCAGGAGAGGAUCACACCCCCCCCAAAUCCACGGUGAAGAAAAAGAAGCAGGUUCGCUUCGGCGGUCCGCUCUCUCCCGAGCUCUUUGACAAGAACUUGCCCCCCAGCACGCCGUUGCAGAAAGGGGGCACACCGGCCCGGGUUCCCACCCCCGGCUGGAACCUGCACCUACGCUCGUUGCUGAAGACGCCGCAGAGUGAAUCCCAGAUGGAACAGUAUCAGCCGGGCUUUCACAGCCCCGGCGGCGUCGGGGCCUCGCCGACACUCGCAUGGGCCGCCCUCUGUGAGGGAGACGAAGAUGAAAUAAACCACGGAAAGUUUGUUUUCCCUCCAAUGGAGGACGUUGACUCGGCGGUGACAAGUGAUGCAGAAUAUGUUUGGCCGCUUAAUUUAAACGCUGCUUUCCAUGAGGAGUCUCUCUCUCAGCUCCAGACAGACUUUUCUCCGCGUGAUGAUACGAAACCAAGCAAAGUCUCCCAGAUGGAAGUUCUGGAUGAAUCUGUGCCAGCGGAGCAGCAACCUGAGGAAUGUGUGGAUGUUUCAGCUCCAGUCCAGCGCAGGAACAGGAAAAAGGCGGUUUCAGAAGAGAAGCCCUGCAAAGAGACUCUGCGCUCCGGCAAGCGGAAGAGAAAGGCCAGUUCUCUGUCGCUGCAGCAGCCGGAGGAGAGUGAACCCGCCAAGAGGUCGACGCGCUCGGCUGCCAAGUCGGCCUGUGGCAAGAUGAAGGAAUCGUCUGCCGCCAGUCGCCGCUGGAACAAAGAGGUCGACCGCUCCCUGUACGGCUCGCGCUCGUACGCCGCCAAGAAUCCCACUCUGAGCCCGAUUUCUGAGAGGUUGUCGUUCUUCAGUCAGACUCCCGCAGCGCUGCAGACUUCUCCUGUCAGAUCCCCAGCCCCAAAUCCAGAGAUCCACGCCAGUCCCACGACGGCAGACGACACUCAAGGAAAAGUUUCUCUGGCUGAAGACUCGGAAAACCCUUCACAAGAAUCCGUCCCUUAUCCUUCGAGAGGGAAGAGCAGGCGGUCUGGUCCAACAGUUAGGAGGGGAUUGAAGAUGAGAAAGUUCAGUGUUCCCGACGCCGAGGAAUCUCCAGACCUGACGGGAGGAGAGACGGAAGAGAAAACCAGUUCCAGCCUGGAGGUUUCAAAGGGAUCUUCACCUGAACAAUGUGAACCUGGAGCGGGAGAGGUUAACACUGAUCAACUUAGUACUCAAACUUCUGCAGACGCCUCCUGCACGGACUCUGGGAAAUCAGAAUCACAGUCCCCACCUCCUGCAGAAGAAUCUGGAGUCUCAAACACGACAAAAGCAAAAGCCAAAAGGGGGAGAAGAAGCUCAGCCCUAAAGGAGCUCCAGAAUUGUGCAAAGGAUUGUGUCACGGAUGAGAACGGACACGUAGACGGAGCUGAGAAUAUCCAGUCCAACGCCGGAGGCCGGGGAGAGACGGAGGUCGCCGGGACGGACCUGGCCCCCUGGCAGGAUGACUUUAACUUUGAGGAUGUGUUUAAACCUGCCGCCACUAGAGGGCAGCGCUCCGUGCGCCGCAGCCUGAGGAACCGGAGCCACAUGGACCUGAGCGGUACCGGGGCCGGACUGGCCUGGAUGCCCCGACUCUCCCCCGAGGCUUCAGACGCUCGGAGGAGAACCCGGGGCCGGCGGGCCAGCGCCGCUCUGCUCGUACCGCAGCCCGAGGAAACACAAGACUGAAUUAACUCAAAAUACAGGACUCAUAAUUUUCUACUGAUAUCCCUGAGCCUUUUUUCUUUUUCUUUUUUUAAUCUGAAUUGAACUAGAUUGAUAGUUUUCCAAAGCGAAUGAUUGUUUUAGCUCCAACGUUGUGUGCCAUGUCAGUUAUUAGAGAGGAUUGGUAAUUUGCAAUCAGUUUCCUCUUGGCCUUUAAUACACUGAAAGCCCAAUCAUCUUUGCCGGCCACCUCCUAAUCAAUACCCCAGCACUCAGAUGGUAAUCAGAGUAUCUUUAACCCGCCUCUCCAAAGUCACUGGAUCAAGCGUCUUCACGUCGAUAUCCACUCCCGUGGAUAGAUGGAGGCGGCCGUUCUGCAGACGUGCUCACAUCGGUUCUUCUGUGUGUGUGAUCUUAACAGCUGAGUACAUGCCUUAAUGAAAUGUGACAAUACAAUGCAACGCUAGGUUUUUUCUUCUUUGUAAAGACAAACCUAUAGUUCAACUUGUGUUCAUUUAACAUGCCCACUCAAAAAGAAAUUCAUUCAAACAAUAAAAUUCUGUCAUUCUGUCCCUGACGUUCCGGCUGUGUGGUCAGUUUUCUCAACAUUUUGACUUUUUCUCGAAAUUUUAACUUUUUUCACGAAAUUCUGACUAUUUCCUCGACAUUUCGACUUUUUUUCCCAAUAUUUCGACUUUUUUCUCGACAUUUUGACUUUUUUCUCGACAUUUUGACUUUUUUCUCAACAUUUUGACUUUUUUCUCAACAUUUCGACUUUUUUCUCGACAUUUCGACUUUUUUCUCGACAUUUCCACUUUUUCUCAACAUUGUACUUCAGCAUUAAUCUCGACAUUUUGACUUUUUUCUCCAAAUUUUAACUUUUUUCACGAAAUUCUGACUAUUUCCUCGACAUUUCGACUUUUUUCCCAAUAUUUCGACUUUUUUCCUCGACAUUUCCACUUUUUUCUCGAAGUGCAUAAUGAAAAAAACAAUCUUCCCCCAGUUAUAACUAAUAUAGCUACAUGCAGCAUGUGUUGUCUUCAUUCUAAGGCUUAUACAAGACUUAAUUUUUUGCGGCUCCAGACAUAUUUGUUUUUUGUGUUUUUGGUCCAAUAUGGCUCUUUCAACAUUUUGGGUUGCCGACCCCUGUGUUAUAAUUCAAACAAUAAAACUCAUUGUCAUUCCGUCCCUGUGCUGUUCCGGCUGUGUGGUCAGUUUUCUCAACAUUUCGACUUUUUCUCGGCAUUGUACUUCAGCAUUAAUCUCGACAUUUCGACUUUUUUCUCAACAUUUCGACUUUUUUCUCAACAUUUCGACUUUUUUCUCAACAUUUUGACUUUUUUCUCAACAUUUCCACUUUUUUCUCGACAUUUCGACUUUUUUCUUGACAUUUCCACUUUUUUCUCUCAACAUUUCCACUUUUUUCUCGAAGUGCAUAAUGAAAAAAUCUUCCCCCAGUUAUAACUAAUAUAGAAACAUGCAGCAUGUGUUGUCUUCAUUCUAAGGCUGAUACAAGACUUUAAAUUUUUUGCGGCUCCAGACAUAUUUGUUUUUUGUGUUUUUGGUCCAAUAUGGCUCUUUCAACAUUUUGGGUUGCCGACUCCUAUGUUAUAAUUCAAACAAUAAAAUUCUGUCAUUCCGUCCCUGUGCUGUUCCGGCUGUGUGGUCAGUUUUUUCUCAACAUUUCGACUUUUUCUCGACAUUGUACUUCAGCAUUAAUCUCGACAUUUCGACUUUUUUCUCGAAAUCGUAACUUUUUUCACGAAAUUCUGACUAUUUCCUCGACAUUUCGACUUUUUUUCCCAAU